AUGGUUCAAGCCAGUGAAGUCCUGUCCCGCAAGACCGGUGUCAUCGUCGGCGACGACAUCCUCGCGCUUUUCAAGCACGCUCAGUCAGAGGGCUAUGCCAUCCCCGCCAUCAACGUCACUUCCUCCUCCACAGUUGUCGCUGCCCUCGAGGCUGCCCGCGACGCAAAGUCUCCCAUCAUCCUGCAACUGAGCAAUGGAGGUGCCGCAUACUUUGCAGGCAAGGGCGUAGCCAACGGCAAGCAGGAGGCCAGCAUUGCUGGUAGCAUUGCUGCCGCCCACUACAUCAGGUCCAUUGCCCCUGCAUACGGUAUCCCCGUUGUCCUCCACACAGAUCACUGCGCCAAGAAGCUCCUGCCCUGGUUGGACGGCAUGAUGGAUGCCGACGAGGCCUACUUCAAGGCUCACGGAGAGGCCCUCUUCAGCUCGCACAUGAUUGAUCUCUCUGAGGAGCCCAAGGAGUGGAACAUUGCCACCACCAAGAAGUACCUCGAACGCGCUGCACCAAUGAAGCAGAUGAUUGAGAUGGAAAUCGGUAUCACCGGAGGAGAGGAGGACGGUGUCAACAACGAGGAUGUCGACAACAACUCCCUCUACACUCAACCCGAGGACAUCUACGACAUCUACAAGGAGCUGUCCGCCGUCUCUCCCCUCUUCUCUAUCGCCGCCGGCUUUGGCAACGUCCACGGUGUCUACAAGCCCGGAAACGUCAAGCUCCGCCCCGAGCUCCUCCAAAAGCACCAGGCUUACGUCAAGGAGAAGACCAACUCCAAGGAGGACAAGCCCGUUUUCCUCGUCUUCCACGGCGGUAGCGGUAGCUCUGUCGAUGACUUCCGCCAAGCCAUCUCAUACGGUGUUGUCAAGGUCAACCUCGACACUGACAUGCAAUGGGCCUACCUCUCCGGUAUCCGGGACUACAUUCAGUCCAAGAGCGGUUACCUCCAGACCCAAGUGGGUAACCCCGACGGUGACGACAAGCCCAACAAGAAGUACUACGACCCCCGUGUCUGGGUCCGUGAGGGUGAGAAGAGCAUGUCUCAGCGCAUCAAGGUCGCUCUUGACGACUUCUACACUGCUGGCAAGGCUUAA